AUGAUCACGUUAGACGAGAUUAUCCCAUAUCAGCCUCCCCUCCCUCCCAAGCCCUCCAUAUCCUCCAAACCCCUACCACUGCCGUCAAAACCACUACCAUUGAUCCAUCCUCUGCCACAAAAGCCCAGUUCCCGAGUUCAAUCACCCUCCUACCCUGACCAACCUCACCAGUUCAAUCAGAGAUUCGUCCCAAACAGUCAAGAGCAGGCAUCUCCAGAGUCCUCAUACAGAAAUGUUUUUGACAGGGAACUUGCAGAGUGGAGUAACACGACGGCCACCACCGCCGUUAUGAGUACAGGUCUGGAGACUCCAGGGCAGGAGAUACAGCAUCACACUGGUAGUGAGAGCUUCGCAAAUGGUUCCAGUAACCUAUUGUUUAAUUGUCCAAGCGACGUGCAACCUGCAAGCCACGAUAACGGGGCCAGUUCAAGUAUAGCGGCAGUGACCAUACAGCCUGAACGGCCUCGCUUAACGCACAAAGAAACGACAAGAUUGAUGUGCGAUCCAGAACUGGAUGAUGUUCAUUCUUCUUCAAUUUUCGGAACACCGAGCGAAGACACCGUUCAUAUUGAUAUCACAGACACGCAUCUCAAUGAUACAGAUGUGUCACACGUGAGUGGUUGGAAUACGAAUUCCCAGCUGGCAGAGAUUCCGACACAACUACCUGAGGUUGAUGUCGAUGAGAGCCAGAACGCCGUCCGUGACAAAACGACUCAGAACCUAGAUACCUCCCCUUCGAACAUGAUCUCAAGCGCGGGCCCGAGGACUAGUUCCGUGGUUCAUAUGGAUGACAAUGACCAACAAAAUCCAAGCUCCUGUGACAAUGAUUCCUCGGCAGAUGGGCCAACCUCUGGCUGCACUCGAGGUCUGACACCAGCAUUUGAACAAAGACAGAACUGUACAUCCAGAGAUGCAGCCACAGCACAGCCUCCUAAGCCACGCACACGGAGAUCAGCCAAACGCCCUCAUCGGUCGCGCCCGAGGAUGCAGACGUAUCGAACAGAACCACCUGACGAAAGUGGUGAUUCCGACGACUCAGACGAUCAAGAUUACGUUGACCGAUCGCAGCACGUAGACGACCGAGCCCGUCCCACAAACAGACCAAAACAUCAACCCGUCACAGAUAGUAAUUCAGUGAAACCGGAAGCGGAUAUCGCGUUCAAAAUUGGAAGCCUGUCACUUCCAGACUUGAAGACUGUUCAGCGAGGAGUGCUCACCUGCGAGUUCUUUUCAUCACAGAUUAUGUGUUCCUUCUCGUGGACAGUAGAUCGAGAACACUUGAAUCAUUGUUCACCAAAAUCCGACCAUACGCCCGACCGAGGUCACGAUCAAUGUGAAAUGGAUAUCACACAGGAACGAGACCUUCACACGUCCUCGAAAGUUGAAACCACAAGAAAGUUAAGAAAACAAAGGAACAGUCACUCGAACGCUCGAGAGGCAGGCUCUGGAAGAAAACACAAGCGCAGGAAGAAGUGGACGGAGGAGGAGAAUUUUCGCUUGAAGCGGCUAAGAGAAGAGGAAAAUCUUCCAUGGACGCAAAUAAAAGAGCACUUCCCCGACCGGACAGCAGGUGCAAUCCAGGUUCAAUACUCUACCACUCUCAAGGGGUUAGCAGCAAAGUCGUCCGGUAUGACUCCAAAUGAUGAGGUCGACCGGAAUACUACCUUUUCGCCAAAUCGUAGGCAGUAUUCUCUUCGGUCCCGCCGAGCUGUGGAGCGUUAUUCGCCGUAGGCAUUUGGUGACCAACAUAUAUUCGAUUACUUCAGAAAGCUAGCCAAGAAACUUUGUUAGCAGUCCAUGCACUCCUCGGAAUCGUCGAGAAAUUUUUUGUGGUAUGGUGUUUUUCCAACCACUUUUCUAGAGGGAUUGCA